CUUUGGUAAAGAAGGAAAAUAAAGGAAAAAUUAGAGAAUUAAGAAUAAACUUGAAAAGUUUCCAUUUUGUUUUUUGGGAUUGUAAAAUGCCAAGAGUUAUUAAUGGAAUACGGAAGAGAAGAUCAAAAGAAUAAAAAAUGAAUACUAAUGGGUUAGAGAGAAAGAGAAAGAGAAAGAUAAAUGAACCAUUAGUAAAAAUUAGAUAAACUAGAAAAUGGAUCACAGAAAACGGGGGCCUUGCGAGCACGAGGCCUAUGCUAUGGGUCUGUUUGCACAGGCUCAUAGCUGGAUGAAUGGAUGUACUUUUUAAAAGAUCGCAGGUAUAUGGUGAAUUUGAAAACUUGCGAGAAUAUAUGGCGUAAAAAGAUUGUUAUAUGGUGAAAAACUGAUAAAAUUAACAUCAACAUAGAAGAACAUAAGAACCCAUCAAAUCUUUUCAAGACAUCCCCCAACCUUCUAUGUCCCUGGUAAUGGUUCCAUGAAAUUGUUCAUCAAACGUAAUUUCACCUCUCUCAUCCCUUUCUCUCCAGGACCCCAACAUAAACCUCAAUCCUCCCAUAUAACUAAAUUCCUCGCCUUAUGCAAAUCAGGCUCAUAUUUCGAAGCUCUUAAACUCCUAAAAACUAGUAUUAACUCAACUGCAAUCAGCUCAGAUGUAAAACCUUUAGUUUAUGCAUCUCUCCUACAAACAGCUACAAAAGUUCAGUGCUUUGACAAUGGCUUACAACUUCAUUCUUACAUCAUAAAAUCUGGUCUUAUUGCAAAUAGUCUUGUUGGUAAUAGCUUAUUAUCUUUGUAUUUCAAGUUGGGCGGAAAAUUAAUCAAUUCAACAAAAUUAUUCAAUGAAUUGUGUAUGAAAGAUGUGAUUUCUUGGACUUCAAUGAUUUCAGGGUAUGUAAAAGUGAAACCUGAAAAAUCGUUGGAUUAUUUUUGGGCUAUGUUGGAUGCUGGUAUUGAGGCUAAUGCUUUUACUCUAUCUGCUGGAGUUAAGGCUUGUUCUGAAAUUGGGGAUGUGAAACUUGGUAAAUGCUUUCAUGGGGUUGUUUUGAGAGGUGGGUUUGAGUUGAAUCAUGUGAUUGCGAGCGCGUUGAUGGAUAUGUAUGGGAAGAACGGCUGGUUGAAAUUUGCUUGCAAUGUGUUUGAUGGAUUGCCUGUACCAGAUUCUAUUUGCUGGUCUUCGAUCAUAUCAGUUUUGACAAAGAAUGAUUUUUAUGAGGAAGCGUUGGCGUACUUCUAUGUUAUGCAAAGGGAAUGUAGGCUCGUGCCUGAUGAAUUUACGUAUGGGACAGUUUUGACAGCUUGUGGGAAUUUGGAGAGAUUGAAGCAAGGGAGAGAAGUACAUGCCAGAGUCAUCGUAGCAGGGCUCUGUGGAAAUGUGGUGGCAGAGAGUAGCUUGGUUGACAUGUAUGGAAAGUGUGGGCAAAUUGGGGACUCUCGACGCGUUUUCAAUAGAAUGAGAAAAAGGAAUGCAGUGUCGUGGUGUGCAUUGUUAAAUGGCUACUGUCAAAAUGGGUUCUUUGAGUCUGUUGUUGAGCUUUUCAGGAUGAUGGAGAGUCCUGAUCUUUACAGUUUUGGAACCAUUAUUCGGGCUUGUGCAGGUUUGGCUGCCGUAAGACAGGGGAAAGAGGUUCAUUGUCAGUAUAUGAGAAAGGGUGGGAGGGGACAUGUAAUUGUUGAAUCUGCUUUAGUUGAUCUCUAUGCAAAAUGUGGAUGCAUUGCUUAUGCACAUAGAUUGUUUAUGCAGAUGCCUAAAAGAAAUUUGAUAUCUUGGAAUUCAAUGAUAUGUGGAUUUGCUCAGAAUGGUAGAGGUCUUGAAGCAAUCGAAUUGUUUAAUACGAUGGUUAAAGAGGGUGUUCAACCUGAUUACAUUAGCUUUCUUGGUGUCAUUUUUGCUUGUAGUCAUGCUGGCUUGGUUGAUCAAGGACGAGAAAAUUUUAUCUCUAUGACUAAAGAAUAUGGAAUCAAACCCGGAACUGAGCAUUAUAAUUGCUUGGUGGAUCUUUUAGGCCGAGCUGGGUUGAUAGACGAAGCUGAAAAGUUGAUAGAGAGAGCUGAGUGCAAAGACACUCUUGCACUAUGGCUUACCCUUCUUGGUGCUUGUGCUACAAGCAGAAAUUCUGCUGCUGUGGAGCACAUUGCACUGAAAAUGAUGGAAUUGGAACCUAAAAACCAUCUAAGUUAUGUGCACCUUAUCAAUGUUUACAAAUGUGACGGUCGUUGGAACGAUGUAAUGAAGAUAAGGAAAUUAAUGAAAGAAAGAGGAGCACAAAAGUUAUUGCCCGGCAAGAGUUGGGUUGAAAAUGCAUUUGGGUUAGUUCAGAUGGAUGAUAGUAAUAUGGUUUGUCACAAAAAUUUACAAUCUGUAAAAGAUUGACCGUGGAAAUGUCGAAAUGAUGUUUUGAUUUGUCCCAUUGACGAAAACAAAAUUGCCCUGACUUAAUUGUGUACCAUAAUUUGACAUAUUUGUGAAAGAUCGUUCAUAAAUUUGAUCAAUAAAAUAAGUGCGAUUCAAUUAUUUGUUGAAGUAUUCUUCUUGCCAGAUAACACAAACAUGUCGUUGGAUCUCGACCUUUCUGGCAGAACUGUUACAUAAAUCCGCAUUAGAUUGAUGUAACGACGUCCCUCUGCAUAGGAUUUAUGACUUGUAAUAUACUUUGUUGUUUUAGGAAAAAUUGUG